AUGCCGAGCAAGAGAUUUCUACCGUGGUCAAAAGGCUUUCGUUUUCGCAAGUAUACCAAAGGAGCCAACCUUGUUGAUUUAUCACCGCUGUCUACCCUUUUAUGCAAAGGAGUUAUGGAGGACCUUUCAAAGGAGAUAUUCGAUGCAAUCAGGGAGCAUCACACCUCGUUUGGCAGCCUUGUUGCCAAGCGCGUCCCGCUAUGCAUUCCGCCACGCACAGAUACCCCAGCGCUCUACGCGUUCGGGAUAUCUCGCUUUGCUGAAAUAUACUUCGCCUUUGAAGAAGCCUGGAUUUCUCAGCUGUCGCAGUUACCAUCAGUGAGCGGCACUGGCAGCCCAGAUGAAUAUGAAAUUCUGGAUUCGUUCGUAAAUGAUGACAGAGGCAGGAUCAGAAGCAUACUAAGCCAGUUGUAUAUUCCCGAAUUGCUACGCAGCGAGAAACUACGAGCGGACUUGCGCGCGUUGGGUUGGUCGCCUGAUGCGGAGGACUCAAGCCAGGAUGCUCCUAGCGACGACAAUUCGUCAAGCAAGGAUGACGAUGCCUACGGCAACGCCGCCACUGCCUUUGCAGCACACAUUAAGUCGGCCACAGCGGAACAUCCUCACCUCAUCAUGGUUUACACAUGGAUAAUGUACCUCAUACUGCUCAACGGUGGGCGUCGGAUCCGCACGAAACUCGCGGCAGGGGGGCACGAUUUCUGGAAGACGAGCACGGAAUCCAAUGAAGAUGUUGGCGGCAGCGGCAGCGGCAUCCCGAACGGGCUCACCUUCUGGUUUUUUCACCGCGAUGACAAGGACUUGUACGAUGAUGAAGGGAUCAAACAAGAAUUCAAAGCACGUCUUCACUCUGCCUCGAAUCUCCUAUCCGUCUCUGAACGAGCACAGAUCAUCGUUGAGGCGGUCAAUAUUUUCCGACAUUGCAGUCACAUCGUCGCCGAGAUUGAUAUCGAGGUAAAACGAGCGGGGAUGAGUGGGAAGAUGCCUGGCAACAGCCGCAGCAACAGCCACGGUAGGACGGGCAGUCGAUUCCUAUCUUCGAUUAAGGAUAAAUUGCCCACUUAUGCCUCCGGAAUCCUGCGGCGACCAUCGGAUUUGUCAACACAAAAGGGGACUGGACGUGGUACGCGCCUACGCCCUGUUUUGGUUGGAGCCGCUGGGUUAUUGGCAGGUCUCUGUGCACUGGUGUGGUCGAUGAAUGCAGACCCGUCGCUGGGCAAGUAUGCUUUUUGGAAGGCUGGGAACGAAGUUGAUGGAGGAAACUCAUAG